UGCAUUUUUCUUUCCCUCUGCUGGGUAGGAGAGGAAAGAAAUAGAGGACGGCGACCUCGGGUCAACCGGUGGAAACGACGAGAAGACCCUCGUAAAGUUUGGGCGAGCCAUGAAAAACCCCUUGCCGCCUUUAUUUUGGAAAUGACAUUUUCUUUGGGUACAUAUCAUAUGCUUUUUUCUUGCGAAAAAGGGCAUCAUUUAUUCUUCUUUAGAGAAAGGAUAAAGGGAAUUGUACUACUUACUGCACAGCAAAUCCCAAGGUGUCUUUUACUCUUCUUCCUUGCUAGCUAAGAAACCCCAUUUCUCUCUGCGUGGGUCUCUCUCUAGCUUUGCCUUUUUAAUACGAUGUCAUGCAUGGGUUUGCGAAAUGCGUUUUUGUUUUGGGUAUUUUCGGUGGUGCAGUGAAGAGAAAGGCGAGCGGGAGUACAUGAUGGAAGGGAAGAAGAUUGCAGGGAAGAUGAAGAGCAAAGAUACUCUCAGCGACAAAGAUUUAAUUGAUAUAGUGUUUUCUUGGUCGCUUGAAGACAUACUCAAUGAGGAGCUCUACAAAGACCAGGUGGAAAAGAUCCCACGAUCUUUUGAAUCUUUGGAGCAUUAUUUUGAUUCAUAUAUUUUUCCUUUGUUGGAAGAAACACGCUCAGAGCUGUCAUCAAGUAUGGAGGUUAUAUCUAGGGCUCCUUUUGCUGAAGUGGUCUCUUUUGUUGAGUGCAGAUCACAAAGAACGCAACUCUAUGAUGUCAAGGUUGAUUCCUGGAAAAACAGGUUCAGUGUUAGUGGCAAGGAGCCCUACAGAACUCUGCCAGGAGAUAUUUUUGUCUUUGCAGAUGUUAGACCUGAAACUAUUUCUGACUUAUGUCGAGCGGGAAGGACAUGGGCUUUUGCUUUGGUCACUAAAAUCACAGAGGAUGAGGAUGAGGAUGAUGAGAAUUUUAGUACAUCUACUAAUUUUAGAGUCAGGGCAUCUAAAGCGACUGAAGUGGGAGAUUUAAUCCAGAAAUCUUUGUUUGUGAUAUUCUUGAUAAAUAUAACUACCUAUAAAAGAAUUUGGAAUGCAUUGCACAUGUUUGGAAAUUUGAAGAUUAUCAAGGAAGUGUUAUGCACCAAGUCCGUGGUUAAUAGAAAGCGUGAUAUGUGUUCUACGGAGUGUGAUGGUAUAUGGCCUGGAACUCAGAUAUCAUCUAAGCUGAAUGAAUCUCAAGUCAAGGCAGUUUUGGCUUCCCUUCAUAAUAUACAAUGCAGUCACAAGUCUUCUGUGGACCUCAUAUGGGGUCCUCCAGGAACAGGGAAAACCAAAACCAUCAGUAUACUGCUCUUUUACCUUGUAAGAAUGAACUGUAGAACCCUCAUUUGCACCCCAACCAAUGUUGCAAUUACAGGAGUGGCUUCUCGUGUUCUGAUGCUGGUGAAAGAAACAUUUGAUGAAUACUCUAGAAGAGAUGCUUUGUUUUGUUGCAUAGGGGACAUCCUAUUGUUUGGAAAUAAGGAGCGUCUCAAAGUCAGUUCAGAGAUUGAAGAGAUACAUUUGGAUUACCGUGUUGAUAGGCUUGUUGAGUGCUUGGGACCUUUGACGGGUUGGAGACACUGCUUCUCUUCCAUGAUAGAUUUUCUUAAAGAUUGCGUUUCUUGCUACCAUAUUUUCUUAGAAAAUGAAUCGAUCAAGGAGAAAGAUAAAUGCAAUGAAAAUGAGUGUCCUGGGGAGGAGGAUAGAUCCUUUCUCAAAUUCACAAGAGAUAGAUACAAAUCUGUUGCCUCACCACUCCAAAAAUGUGUUAGGAUUUUCUGCACUCACAUACCCAGAAGUUACAUUCUGGAGCAUAAUUUCCAAAAUAUGGUAGAACUUAUUCACUUACUUGAUGAGCUAGAAAAUCUGCUGUUUCAAGACACACUGGUUUCGGAAGAGCUGGAGGAGUUGUUUUCAUGCACAGAUGUAGUUGAGGACUGUCAUCCAUCUCUGGUGGGUUUGUCCAACCUACUUUACACAAGAAGCCAAUGUAUUUCUGUUCUGGAAACUCUUCGUUGUUCUCUUGGAGACCUUUCCUUGCCACGUGCUUUGUGCAAGAGUUCAAUAAAGAACUUUUGUUUACAGACAGCUUCCUUAAUUUUCUGCACUGCCUCAAGCUCAUAUAAGUUGCAUUCAGUGGAUAUGGAUAUGUACCCACUGAAAUUGUUAGUCAUCGACGAAGCUGCACAGUUGAAAGAAUGUGAGUCAACAAUACCCCUACAGCUUCCGGGCAUAAGUCAUGCCAUAUUAGUUGGUGAUGAAUGCCAGCUGCCAGCGAUGGUUAAUAGCAAUGUGUCUAUUGAAGCUGGGUUUGGAAUAAGUUUGUUUGAAAGGUUGAGUUCAUUAGGUCAUACAAAGCACCUUCUCAAUAUGCAGUACAGAAUGCACCCAUCAAUCAGUUCCUUCCCGAAUUCAAAGUUCUAUCUCAGCCAGAUUAUGGAUGCUGCAAAUGUCAAAAGUCGAAGUUACGAGAAACAAUACCUUCCAGGAUUAAUGUUUGGUCCUUAUUCUUUCAUAAAUAUUUUUGGUGGAAAGGAAGAAUUGGAUAUUGGACAUAGCCUAAAAAAUAUGGUUGAGGUGGCUGUUGUGGCCAAAAUAGUGCGGAACCUGCACAGAGCAUGGAGUGGCUUGAAACAGAAGCUCAGCAUUGGCGUAGUGUCACCUUAUGCAGCUCAGGUUGUAGCAAUUCAAGAGAAGUUUGGGCGGAAAUAUGAGAAACUUGAUAACUUCGCAGUAAAAGUAAAGUCUAUUGAUGGCUUCCAAGGGGGAGAAGAAGAUAUAAUAAUAAUAUCUACUGUUAGAUCUAAUAGUAAUGGAUCAAUUGGGUUCCUUUCUGAUGUUCGAAGAACUAAUGUUGCUUUAACAAGAGCAAGAUACUGUCUUUGGGUUUUGGGAAAUGAGCGAACCCUAGUUCCUAAUGAAUCUAUAUGGCAAGAGUUAGUUCUUGAUGCCAAGAGUCGUCAAUGUUACUUCAAUGCUGAUGAAGAUAAGGAUAUGGCAAAAGCCAUAUUAGAGGUCAAGAAAGAGUUUGAUCAACUUGGUGAUUUGCUUAAUGGGGAAAGUGUACUUUUUAAAAAGGUUAGGUGGAAGGUUCUUUUCAGUGAUGAUUUUAAGAAGUCAUUUGGAAAACUACAAUCUGUCCGUACUAAGACUUCAGUUAUUAAUCUUUUGCUAAAGCUUUCUAAUGGUUGGCGGCCUAAAAAGAGAAAUGUUGACACAGUUUGUGAAUGCUCUUCAUAUAUCUUGAAACAAUUCAAGGUUGAAGGUUUGUAUGUUGUUUGCUCCAAUGACAUAGCGAAGGAAUUAAAAUACAUUCAAGUUUUGAAGGUCUGGGAUAUUUUGCCUUUGGAUGAUAUUCCAAAAUUGAUUAAGCGUCUUGAUUGCAUAUUCAUAAAGUAUACUGAUGAUUUCAUCAAUCGAUGCAAAGCCAAAUAUCUUGAGGGGGAUUUGGAAGUUCCUAAGAUGUGGCCAAUCUCAUUCGAUAUUGUCCGGUUCAAGGAUCUUAGCAAGAUUGAAUCAGAGGCAAAUUUGGGUGAUGAUGAUUUCGAUGGUAGAACUUAUGUUGAGAAUUCGAAGGUGAAUGAAAGCUUGUUGUUGAUGAAAUUCUAUUCCUUAUCCCCACCUGUUGUGAGUCACUUGCUCUCUGAUCGUGAUGUUCGAGAAUUGGAGCUCCCAUUUGAAGUAACUGACCAAGAAAUGAAGAUAAUUCUUUUCCACAACAGCACCUUUAUUCUUGGUCGGUCAGGGACGGGUAAAACUACAGUAUUGACCAUGAAAUUAUUUCAAAAUGAGCAACGGCACCAUAUAGCAAUGGAAGGUGUUAGUGAAGACGAGAGCAGUAGCCCUUUGGAUGCUGGACAAAACAAGAUUGAGGGUGUUGGAGAGAAUAAAGGAUCUGUUUUGCGCCAGCUUUUUGUGACAGUGAGUCCUAAAUUAUGUUAUGCUGUCAAACAGCAUGUUUCUGACUUGAAAAGGUUUGCUCAGGGCAGAAAAUUUGCAGCUGAAAGUAGUUCAAGUAAUGUGGAGUAUAUUGAUGAUACUGCACAAUUCAAUGAUAUUGCUGAUUAUUUUAUUGAUAUUCCUUCACAUUCAUUCCCUCUAGUAAUAACAUUCCAUAAAUUUUUGAUGAUGCUUGAUGGAACAUUGGGUAGUUCAUACUUUGAGAGAUUUUUUGAUGCAAGGGAGCUUUCCUUUGGGAAGAUCAACUCCAGAUCAGUUGCCUUAGAGACGUUUAUAAAAACAAAGGAGGUUAGUUAUGACAGGUUUUGCUCAUCUUACUGGCCACAUUUCAAUACUCAGUUGACAAAGAAGUUUGAUCCUUCCAGAGUCUUUACGGAGAUAAUUUCUCAUAUAAAAGGUGGUUUGCAAGCUGGGGUGGCCUGUGAUGGAAAACUCAGUCGGGAGGAUUAUCUUCAGCUGUCUGAGAGUCGAAAUUCAACAUUAACAAAGAUGAAGAGAGAUCAAAUUUAUAAUAUUUUUCAACAUUAUGAAAAAAUGAAGUUGGAAAAUGGUGAUUUUGAUUUGGCUGAUCUUGUAAUUGAUCUUCAUCGUCGACUUGUAGCUGAAAAAUACAAGGGUGACGAAAUGGAUUUUGUAUAUGUGGAUGAAGUGCAAGAUCUCACAAUGAGGCAAAUUGCACUUUUCAAGUUUAUAUGCAGAAAUGUUGAUGAUGGUUUUGUCUUUUCAGGUGAUACAGCCCAAACGAUUGCAAGGGGGAUAGAUUUUAGGUUUGAAGAUAUAAGAACUCUGUUUUACAAUGAGUUUUUGUUGGAAUCAAGAAGCAAUGAAAGUGAUUGUAAAAAAAAGAAAGGAUUAUUAGCACCCAUUUUCCAUUUGAACCAGAACUUUCGCACCCAUGAUGGUGUUCUCAAGUUAUCUCAGAGUGUUAUUAAUCUCCUUUAUCGUUUUUUCCCUUCAUUUGUUGAUAUUUUGGACCCAGAGGGUAGCCUUAUAUAUGGAGAGCCUCCCAUCUUGCUUGAAUCUGGCAAUGAUGAAGACGCAAUCAUGACUAUUUUCAGAAAUAGUGGAAAUGCUGUUGGAAGUAUGGUUGGCUUCGGAGCAGAGCAAGUUAUCCUGGUGAGAGAUGAUAGUUCUAGGAAUGAUAUUUCUGUCUAUGUUGGGAAGCAAGCUCUCAUCCUGACAAUAGUGGAAUGCAAAGGCCUAGAAUUUCAAGACGUGUUGUUGUACAAUUUUUUUGGUUCAUCACCUUUAAAAAAUCAUUGGAGAGUGAUAUAUGAAUAUAUGAAGGAACAAGAAUUGCUUGACUCUACUUCUCCAAAGUCCUUUCCCAGUUUCAAUGAAGCAAAACACAAUGUUUUAUGCUCGGAAUUAAAGCAAUUAUACGUUGCUAUCACACGUACUAGGCAGAGACUGUGGAUUUGUGAGAAUAAAGAGGAGUUCUCCAGGCCUAUGUUUGACUACUGGAAGAAAUUAUGCCUUGUACAAGUUAGGCAACUGGAUUAUUCACUUGCACAAGCCAUGCAAGCUACAAGUACCAAAGAGGAAUGGAAGUCACGGGGCAUAAAGCUCCUUGAGGAGCAUAAUUAUGUGAUGGCGAUAUUAUGUUUUGAAAGAGCGGGGGACCAUUAUUGGGAGAGAUUGGCUAAAGCUGGUGGCCUUAAAGCAGAUGCAGACCGUAUGCAUAGUUCAAGACCUGAAAUGGCUCGUAAUUUCUGUAAGGAGGCUGCUGAAAUAUUUGAAGAGAUUGGUGAGGCAAAAUCUGCUGCAAAAUGUUAUUAUCAGUUAAAUGAGUUUGAAAGAGCAGGUAAAAUCUAUUUAGAAAAAUGUGCUGAAUCGGAGCUUGAAAAGGCUGGAGAAUGUUUUUUUCGGGCAGGAUGUUAUGAGCUAGCAGCAGAUGUGUAUGCUAGAGGCAAUUUUUUCACUGAGUGCUUAUCUGUUUGCACUAAAGGAAAAUUUUUUGACAUGGGUUUGCAGUACAUACAAUACUGGAAACAGCAUGCUACAACAAAUAAUGCUAUGACCAGAAAAAGUAAAGACAUAGAGAAACUUGAACAAAAGUUCCUGGAGAGUUGUGCACUUCAUCACCAUGAGCUUAAAGAUAACAAAGCCAUGAUGAAAUUUGUUAGAGCUUUUCAUUCUUUGAACUUGAAGCGCACUUUCUUGAAGACAUUAGGUUGCUUUGAGGAGCUUCUCUUGUUGGAAGAAGAGUCCGGGAACCUUUUGGAGGCUGCAAAUAUUGCAAGGCUAAGAGGAGAUUGCCUACUUGAAGCUGACCUGCUGGGGAAGGCUUGUCAUUUUAAAGAAGCGUCAAUGCUAGUUCUCUGGCAUGUGUUGGCUAACUCUCUUUGGUCGCCAGGAAGCAAGGGCUGGCCUUUGAAACAUUUUACACAAAAAGAAGAGCUUUUAACGAAGGCCAAGACAUUUGCAAAGAGAGAGUCUGACGUCCAUUAUGAGCUUGUUCUUGCAGAGGCAAAAGUUUUAUCAAAAGAAUGCAGUAGCUUGUUUGAGAUGGGACAGUUUUUAAGUCCUUCCCAGGGCAAUAGAAGUCUAAGUAGUGACAUUUUAUCUGCUAGAAAAGUUCUUGAUUUUCAUCUUCAUUCAAAUUGCUCAAAAUAUGAUUGGGAAGAUGAAAUGGUUACUGAUUUGAGCAAGUAUUCAGAGUAUAAAUUGUCCCUGAACAGGAUUUCUGUUGGAACAAUGGUUUAUUCCUGGAACUUUUGGAAGGAGAGGAUUGUGAACAUAAUAAAGUACCUUGGUUGUCUUGAAACCCAAGAUAUUAGUGAAUAUGUAGAAUAUGAGGAGUUCUGUUUGAAUUAUCUAGGUGUGCAGAAGCGGCACAAUAAUGUGAAUACGGUCUACCUUAUUCUCUACCCUGGUGCUGAUUGGGUGAAAAAAAUUGAUGAGAGAUUUCUUCGUAGGAGUGAAAAUUUUGUUACCAUUGAUGCUCGUCAUUUUGUAUUAGCUGCUCAGAAUUAUUGGUGCUCAGAGAUUUCUUCUGUUGGUGUCAAGGUAUUGGACAAUCUUGAAGCCCUUCAUAAAUUCUCAAUGAAUCAUUUCAUAUCAUUGUUUGCUCAAAGCAUGUUGCUCAUUUAUAUCUUUCAUCUUGUGAAAUUUCUCAUGGAUUCCAAAUUUCUGGAUUUCAAAUACCAAGAGACUAGGAGACUGCAGAGUUUCCUUGACCUAUCUACUAUGCAGUUCUUUGGCUAUGCAUUCUCUAUAGAGUGGCAAAAAUCACUGACAGAAAAUAUGAUUUCUUUGAGGGAGAAUAAGUUAUCCCAGGAUUUACUUGAAGAAGUUGUCAUUUUAAACAUCAGCUCAAAGAAUAGGCUGACAUGUGGGCAAAUUGGACGGGUGGUGAUGAUUCUCCUUGGAUCUGGUAAGUUUAAUGAUGGAUUAUAUGAGAUGGUUGCAAAAAGGGUUAAUUCACCUUGGAGGAUUUUUAUUGAGAAACUAAGGGGAAAAGAUUCAGCUCUUGCACAGAGAUCUGCAUUAUGCAAUUCUAACGAAGCUUCGAGAGAGAUAUCUCUAGUUUGCAAGUUCCAUGAAUCUCUAGAGGAAACUUUCAGAGCUAACUGGAGAAAAGAACAUGACUAUAUUUCACCUUAUUGUUUUUUGUAUCUCAUUGAGCGCCUUCUAAUUUUAGUGUCCUGCACCCAAGGAUACCUUUUUGCCUCAAAAUCUUCGUUUGUUGAUUGGAUUAUAUCGCUUGAACAACUAACCAUCUCAAAUUCCCUUUUAGUAGCUAAGUUGCCAUCAUCCAUGGGACAUAUCCUAAACUUUGUGGCUAAUGUGCUUGAGCAGCUUCUUCAUAAUAAGAAAGAAAUGAUGGAGUGGAUUAGGAGGUCUAAUAUCAAUGUGAAUUACUACCCCUUGCUGUUAUUGAGAUUGGUUAUUAUAUUGUGUUUGCUUUGUUUGAACUCUGGGAGGUACUAUGACUUCCUAUUUGACUUGCUGGGCAAGAGUCACGUUAUUUCUCAACUUCCACGGAAUUUUUUGGAUGUCCUUCGGAGAGGACGAAAACGUAAUAAUGUGGCUAUUGAAGUUGUUGCUGAAGCAUUUAAGAAGAUAGAUAAUCCCCUUGUGAUAGUGAGUUUUGGAAAUACUUGUUCUGGAUAUUUAUGUCGUGAUGCCAUCUUUGUAGAUAUGAAGGCCAAUCAAAGCAAGAAGGACAUUUUACAAGUACUUUUUCCAAAGAAUAAUGAAGCUUUUAAAGACGAAGUUGUUUCUGUAAAAUUUAGGACUACAGAUUCAUGCAGUGGAGGUUCCUCUUUAAGCAGCAGUAAUCAAAAAGAUAAAUCUGAAAACGACAUUUCACAAGUAGUUGUUCCAAAUAAUAUUGAAGCUUCACAAGUUGGUUUUAAUUUUAGAGCUACAGAUUCAUGCAGUGAAGGAUUAUCAAUGAGUAGUAAUCAUCAAGAAGGUAAUUCUAAGCUUGCAGACUUGAAGGAUGCUUCAGGGGAUCAUGACUUGAAGACUAAACACAGUAUGGGAGAAGGGAACGCACAGAAGAUCUGUGAAACCUUAUGGGGAACUUUUGAUGUUUUAAAUUCAGAUACUGGAAUGGUUAGCAAUGUAAACAAUUUCGUGUCUGAUGCUCCCAGAGUUAAGGUGGAGGUGGAGAAAGUUAUUAAAAAUAUUACAUCUGCGUUGACCAAAUCUCUUCAGAGCCUUCCUGAAAGUGAAGCUGGAAACCUUGUUCAAGAAGCUAAUAUCAUGCUCAAUGAAUUUAAGCAAAUUUUUUCUGCCUUGGAUGUCAGUGAGAUGGAACUACAGAAGAACAUUCCAACAGUUUUAAAACUUAUUGGGGGCCUGCAGUCAAGAAGACCAAGGUUGGAGUCUUUCUUUAACCAGCUAAACUUGGGAAAUGAUUCAAAUCCCAUGAACCAGGCACUCAAUUGCUCCGAGGCUGAUGAAAAUAGCAACUCUGAUGACAUUAAGACCAACACUUCUUCAGCUGCAACUACUGCUUCUGGUAGCCAGAUCAAGGGCGACGCACAGGAGCAGCUGGAAAGCAAAAGCAGCAAGAGCAAAGGCAAACCCAAGAAGGGAAAAAAGGGUAAAGGAGGUAGGAAGAAAUAAGCAGAUAUUUACACACUGUAGAAAUUCUGUUUGGGCUGUGUAAAUAUGGCGUGAUCCCUAUUUACCUUUGAAUAGAUAUUAUUACUUGUGAUGACAAUGAAACACUCUUGAAAAGAGCUUUCACAGGGGCAUACUCUUAUUUACAAAAAGGAAACAGUUAUGAAUUAAAAGAGUUCUCUUGAU